UACUCCCAAAAUAUAACCCUGGCUGUCCCAUCUAUCCCAGAAUCCCUAGCUGAGCUGCGUCUCUGACAGUCUAGUCUGCCGGUGAAGAGAGACUCUGAUGCUGUAGCAGGAUCACAAUCAAGAAGAAACUACCGCAACUUAACUACACCACGGAUAUUUUGCUCACGCAGUACCGGACGGACAGAGACGGCACUACACCGUGUGAUUGGCCAUGAUGACUGAAUCAGGAGCGGAUUCUGAGCCCAAGCAGCAGAAGGAGAAGGCAGUUGAGCACUUCCCAGCCGCCGCUGGACACAGUACACCAGCCAGAAAUAACCAGUUUGAGGACCUUUCAUCAACCAGAUCGUCAACCAGUCGCCUGUCAAUCAAGUCUCCACUGAGGGGAGUGAAGAAGCUGAAGACCACGCAGUGUAAAAUCACCCUGCUAGAUGGCUCCGACUACACCACCACGGUGGAUAAACAAGCCAGAGGCCAGCUGCUGUUUGCCAAGGUGUGUGACCAUCUGAACCUGCUGGAGACGGACUACUUUGGCAUGACGUACCGUGACGUGGAGAAUCAGAAGAACUGGCUGGACCCGAACAAGGAACUGAAGAAGCAGAUAAGGACUGGCCCUUGGAGCUUUACCUUCAACGUCAAGUUCUACCCCCCAGACCCUGCCCAGCUCUCUGAGGACAUCAGCAGGUACUACCUGUGUCUCCAGCUGCGUGAUGACAUGGUGUCUGGUCGUCUCCCCUGUUCCUUCACCACCCACACCAUACUGGGCUCCUACACGGUCCAGUCAGAGCUGGGGGACUAUGACCCAGAGGAGACGGAGUACAACAGUGAGCUCCGCUUCGCUCCAAACCACACCAAGGAACUAGAAGAUAAGGUCAUGGACCUACACAAGAACCACAAAGGGAUGACGCCAGCUGAAGCAGAGAUGCACUUCCUGGAAAAUGUCAAGAAACUGUCCAUGUAUGGAGUAGAUCUCCAUCACGCUAAGGACUCUGAAGGCGUAGAGAUCAUGCUAGGAGUCUGCUCCAGUGGUCUCCUCAUCUAUAGAGACCGACUGAGAAUCAACCGCUUCGCCUGGCCCACGGUGCUGAAGAUCUCCUACAAGAGAGACAACUUCUACAUCAAGAUACGCCCCGGAGAGUAUGAGCAGUUUGAGAGCAUGAUUGUCUUCAAGCUCCCUAACCACCGAGCAGCCAAGAGACUGUGGAAGACGUGUGUUGAGCAACACACAUUCUUCAGACUGGUGUCUCCAGAGGCCCCCCCUAAGAAGUUCCUAGGUCUCGGUUCUAAGUACCGCUACAGCGGUAGAACCCAGGCUCAGACCCGGAGAGUCUCCUCUCAGAUCAUCAGGGCCUCGCCCUUCUUCGAACGCUCCUCCUCCAAACGCUACCCCAUGUCACGUAGUCUCGACGGAGUGCCCAUAACAGAGAACCACCACACCCUGAUGACGAGGGAAGCUACACCAGCCAAAGCUGUCGCCACGGGAGACCUGAUCGCCACGGUAAUAACCCCAAAGAAGAAGGCAAAGGAGGAGGAGAAGGCUGAGGGAGAGGCGGAGCAGACCAACGCCGACGAGACGUCGGAUCACAACGUCGUCUCAACCCCGCUCAGACAUGACAACAAGACGGACAGCGAGCAAACUGACUUUGACUUGGACGGGGAAACCACGGCCUCUGAGUCGGAGCCAGAGGAUGAUUACUCUGAAAAGAAGACACAGGACACAGAAGAGGAGAAGGUGAAGCACCAGAGAGACAUCAACGAACUGAAAAGCUCCUUCCUAGCGAUACCAGGUGGUGCUGACGCCCUGGGACUGACGAGACUGUCCUCGUCUUCUCCGACACGCUCGCACAGCGGGGGAGUGGAGGAGGCACCUAUGAUAGAACCACUACACACCCUACAGGACCCAGAGACAGAGGAGGUUCCUGCUGCUGAGGAAGAGAUGCAGCAGGAGGUACAAGCUAAUGCCAUUGAGGCUACAGACAAGUCAGACAUGGUGGACCCUAGUGAUGUCAUGGUGGGGGCGGGGACUCCUGGAGCACAGGGUUGCCUGAUGACUCUGCGUGACUCCUUGGAGGACAUCACCAGUGACUGGAUGGACAGAGAGACGGACGAAGAAAAAGAGGACGGAGAAAGAAAGAAAUCACCAGUGUCUCCAGAGCUAAAUAUCAGUCCGGGGACAGUCAGACAGGAAGUCUCUACGGCCAUCUUGGACAAGAGAGGAACACUCAUCAUCCUGAGGGAAAUGGAGUCUGAAGACAAGAUGGACGCCGGUGACAAAAUGGAUGCCAGCUCAAUCUUCCCCGAUACCAACCAGGAUGAAGGAAGGGGGAGUUUUUCCAUCAAGGAGGAUGACGUUGGAGAUGAUCUGCCCCGAUCGAAGGAGAAAGAUAUCCAACUCACCUUGAAUGAAGACGAGACUGGCGGUGAGGUAGAUGUUAGGACCAUGUCUGAGGAGACCAGCAACAAGAGAGAGAUGUCUCUCAACUUAAACCAGACUGAGACUGAAGACGAAUUGGGUGGUAUUAACUCACUGAAGAUGAGUGAAGCUUCGUAUUCCUCUGUGGUCAUCACAAAGACAGAUGAACGGUCAGAGGUCGCCAGCAUGUCACGUGAGGAGGUGACAGACUUGGACCGGAUUACCCAGGAUGCACCGCUACAGAGAGAGGAGUCGUGCGGCCUGGACGAAGCCCGGAGCGACCUGUCACAGUCGAGCUUCGCCAACGGUCAAUUGGACACCAAACCAUCACCUGGAUCUCUAGCCAUGAGCUCAGCUGGAGAGGAGGAGGAGGAGGAGACAGGAAGGAGCCAAGAAGCACCUGAGACAGAGAUAUUCACCAAACCCGAGGCUGUGCCAGCAGAGGAAUCGACCACCGAGGAGGAUCCUGUAGUCCACACGGAGACGAAAACCCACGAGUCUUCACAGGGUGACACCAACGGUGACGCUGUCCCAGGUGUUCUGAGGAGCGCUCAGACUAUCGCCUCGGAAACCCCCGGCACCACGACAACCACACACAUCACUAAGACAAUAAAUGGAGGGAUCUCUGAAACCAGGAUAGAGAAGAGGAUUGUCAUCACCAGAGAAGCAGGAGAUAUUUACCCUGAUCAGGAGUAAGGACAGUUCUAUAUCCCCCUGGUAUAAGGACUCGCCCUCCAACCUCCAGCGUCAUGAUGGGACUUCGUUACAUUACUGUGCUGCCUACUGGGCCUGUUAGAACUACAGUAGAGACUAUAGAGGCAGCCUAUUGUUCUACAGACAGACUCUGCUCCGUAGAAAUAUCAUCUAUAGAACGGGUCUCCCCCCAUUGAAGUCAAUGAUGGCAUAAUAGAUUGUUAUUCUAUGCUUUGCUCUCUAUGGGCCCCGAUCCAUGUGGACUUUGUCUAAAUUAUCCAUUGAUGUCAAUGCGAGGGAAAAAGAGUAUAAUCAUAGAGUUUAACAUUCCUAUCAUCAGUCUCAUCCGUGAUUAUCAACAUGAAUAUUGCAUGAGCAAAACUAAGCAGUUUAUCAUUAUUAUGAAAAAUUAUUAUAUCAGAUUACUACUCCCAAACUGUCAGAUAAUAAACAAUGAUAUCAGAUUACUAAUCCCAAACUGUCAGAUAAUAAACAAUGAUAUCAGAUUACUAAUCCCAAACUGUCAGAUAAUAAACAAUGAUAUCAGAUUACUAAUCCCAAACUGUCAGAUAAUAAACAAUGAUAUCAGAUUACUAAUCCCAAACUGUCAGAUAAUAAACAAUGAUAUCAGAUUACUAAUCCCAAACUGUCAGAUAAUAAACAAUGAUAUCAGAUUACUAAUCCCAAACUGUCAGAUAAAAAAACAAUGAUAUCAGAUUACUAAUCCCAAACUGUCAGAUAAUAAACAAUGAUAUCAGAUUACUAAUCCCAAACUGUCAGAUAAUAAACAAUGAUAUCAGAUUACUAAUCCCAAACUGUCAGAUAAUAAACAAUGAUAUCAGAUUACUAAUCCCAAACUGUCAGAUAAUAAACAAUGAUAUCAGAUUACUAAUCCCAAACUGUCAGAUAAUAAACAAUGAUAUCAGAUUACUAAUCCCAAACUGUCAGAUAAUAAACAAUGAUAUCAGAUUACUAAUCCCAAACUGUCAGAUAAUAAACAAUGAUAUCAGAUUACUAAUCCCAAACUGUCAGAUAAUAAACAAUGAUAUUGUCAUAGCUGUUGCUUUCCUCAUCCUCUGAUGAGGUGAGGAGAGAAGGAUCUUCAGACCAAUAUGCGGAGUCAGGGAAAUAUGCCAUCUUUAUUUUAUAACGAAAACCGAUGACACGAAAACAAACACUUUAACAAACUACAAAAUAAGAAAACGACGUACAACGGAACCUGAACAUAAACUUACAUGGACAAACGUAAACUCACGAACAGGAACGGACAUCAAAACGAACGAACAGCCAAACAGCUCCAAAAGUGAAUACAUCGAACAUAACGAAGACAUCACAGGAGACAAUCACCCACAAACAAACAGUGAGAAUGCCCUACCUAAAUAUGACUCUUGAUUAGAGGAAAAUGCAAACCACCUGCCUCUAAUCAAGAGCCAUACCAGGCAAACCGAAACCAACAUAGAAACAGAUAACAUAGACUGCCCACCCAAAACACAUGCCCUGACCAUAAACACAUAAAAACUAACAUAAAUAGGUCAGGACUGUUACAGUACCCCCCCCCCCAAGGUGCGAACGCCGGGCGCACCAGCACAAAGUCCAGGGGAGGGUCCGGGUGGGCAGUUGACCACGGUGGUGGCUCAGGCUCCGGGCGCGGUUCCCACCCCACCAUAAUCCAUCCUAACUUCCUCCCACAAAGAAUGUCCACCCUCUCUUUUCCCCCACACAAUUCUCUUAAUAAUAUAUUUAAUAAGGAUAACACCGGGACAGAGAGAUAAAUCAAGAUAGAGGGAUAGAUAAGACUAUAGAGAUAGAUGAAGAUAGAGAGGGAGA